UUGACCGCGACGCCGCAACCCUCCCUUACCAUCUCUUUCAGACCACCACCAGUUGCCGCCUUUUCUCUUCUUUCUUCCCCGGCGAGACCACCAAACAAAAAUCCCACUCCUCUCCUCUCUUCUCUCUUCUCCGGCGAAGCGAAGCCAGUGACGCCAGCAAACGACGAGCACCAUUUGGACGGAGCUUACUCGGGCUAGGCACCUCGAGGUUUUGGUUGGCUCAGAGACGGAUCUGUUAAGAUCGGUUCGGCUCAAGCUUGGAGAGUUUUGAUACGUGAUGGUGAAUGCGGUCAAAGGAUUGUUUUUUUGCAGUGAUAUACCUAUGGAUCAGUUCAUUAUCAAUAUGAAUGCUUCAUUGCCACAAUCACAAAAGUUCAUCAUACAUGUUUUGGACAAUACACAUCUGUUUGUUCGAUCUGAUAUGGCUGGAAUGAUUCGCAGUGCUAUUUCAGAUUUCAGAGACGCAAACACAUAUGAGAAGCCUGCUUAGUGCUGUUUGAUGAAUUCAGCCAUUCCGAGAUGCCUUGUUACUAUGUACAAUAAUUCCUAGUAAAGAAGUUUACCAUUUUUCGAAAAAGGAACAUAUAGUAUGUCUCCUGUUGUUCGUUCUGAAAUGAUUUGUCACCUUUGAUAGAGGUACUUAUGGAAAGACAUUUGAAGUCCAACCUUCAAUUCGUCUGCUGAUUUCAACAAGCCCUUUCUUAUGUGUUGUUAACAAUUCGUCGAAGAUUUCAAGU